AAGCUCCGCCAUUUAUCAUAUUUUAGAAGUGAAUAUGACCGGUUUGAGAGAUUUGAGACCCUGAAUGAAGUUAAUGGUCUUCGUACCUUCUUUCCUUUGAAUUUGAGAACUUGGCCUCGAUCGGACAAGGCUUCAAAAAAGAGAAAUCUAAAUGCUGCUAAGUAUGUUGUAGAUUUUCGGUUGAGUAAUAGAGUUUGGACCGGUUUAUUAUUGAAACUUCAAUAUUUACGAGUAUUAUCAUUGUGCUACUAUAAGAUAACGGAUUUGUCUGAUUCAAUUGGUAAUUUAAAACAUUUGCGCUAUUUGGACCUUACUUUUACACUCAUCAAAAGGUUACCGGAGUCCGUUUGUAGUUUGUAUAAUUUACAAACAUUGAUAUUAUAUCAUUGUGAAUGUCUUGUUCAAUUGCCUAAAAUGAUGUGCAAAAUGAUUAGCUUACGUCAUCUUGAUAUCAGGCAUAGCAAAGUGAAAGAGAUGCCAAGUCACAUGGGUCAAUUAAAAAGUUUACAAAAAUUGAGUAACUACAUAGUGGGCAAGCAAAGUGGGACAAGGGUUGGAGAGUUGAAGGAGCUUUCGCACAUUGGUGGCAGUCUUGUCAUUCAAGAGCUGCAGAAUGUGGUUCAUGCUAAGGAUGCCUCAGAGGCCAAUUUCGUAGCUAGGCAAGCAAUAUCUGGAUGAGCUAGUGUUCGAAUGGAAUCGUGGUAGUGAUGUUGAACAAAAUGGAGCAGAGAUAGUGCUCAACAACUUACAAACUCAUUCAAACUUAAAGAGACUCACUAUUUAUGGUUACGGUGGUUCAAGAUUUCCAGAUUGGUUAGGAGGUCCUUCAAUUCUGAAUAUGGUGUCGCUACGUCUCUGGAAUUGUAAGAAUGUGUCAACCUGCCCACCGCUUGGGCAGCUACCCUCUCUUAAACAUUUAUAUAUAUUGGGGUUGGAGGAGAUAGAAAGGGUGGGCGCUGAGUUUUAUGGGACUGAGCCCUCCUUCGUGUCCCUAAAAGCUCUAUCAUUUCAGGGUAUGCCAAAAUGGAAGGAAUGGUUGUGCAUGGGAGGCCAAGGUGGAGAAUUCCCUCGUCUCAAGAAGCUUUAUAUAGAGGAUUGUCCCAAGCUAAUUGGGGACUUACCAACCCAUCUGCCUUUCUUGACCACACUACGGAUUCAAGAAUGUGAGCAGCUUGUGGCUCCACUUCCAGGGGUUCCAACCAUCUUUGAAUUGACAACGCGCAGCCGUGACAUCUCACAGUGGAAGGAACUACCACCACUACUGCAGUAUCUCUCAAUUAAAAAUUCCGACUCUUUGGAGUCCCUACUGGAGGAGGGAAUGUUGCAAAGUAAUACUUGUCUUCGAGAGUUGAGAAUCAGAAAUUGUUCUUUUUCGAGACCCUUGUGCAGAGUUUGUUUGCCCAUUACAUUGAAGACGUUAGAUGUAGAGGAGUGUAAGAAACUAGAGUUUCUCCUACCUGAGUUCAUAAAAUGUCACCACCCUUCCCUUGUCUCUUUGGUGAUCAUCAGAAGUACUUGCAAUUCUCUCUCAUCCUUCCCACUCGGCAACUUCCCAAGUUUAACUAAUCUCCAAAUCAUGUAUCUCAAGGGGCUUGAAUCCCUCUCCAUUUCAAUUUCAGAGGGCGAUGUUACAUCUUUUCAUCUGUUGCACAUAAGAGGGUGCCCUAAUCUUGUUUCUAUUGAAUUGCCAGCUCUCAACUUCUCAAAAUAUUACAUCUUCCAUUGCAAGAAUCUCAAGUGGCUGCUGCACAACGCUGCAUGCUUUCAGUCAUUAACAAUAGAAGGUUGUCCUGAAUUGAUAUUCCCAAUACAAGGUCUGCAAGGACUGUCCUCUCUUACCUCUCUCAAAAUCUCCGAUCUUCCAAAUCUCAUGUCCCUUGACAGUUUGGAGCUUCAACUGCUCGCCUCUCUUGAAAAAUUAGAGAUCUGUGACUGCCCCAAGCUCCAAUUCUUGACAGAAGAGCAGCUUCCCACCAACCUUUCUGUUCUAACAAUCCAGAACUGCCCGUUGCUGAAAGAUCGGUGCAAGUUUUGGACAGGGGAAGAUUGGCAUCAUAUAGCUCACAUUCCACACAUUGUGAUCGAUGACCAAGUUUUGUAAUGAAGGUGGCAUUACACCAAUUUAUAGUCAGGUCAUCUGUGAUGCUUCACUCUGGCUCUGAUCAACAUAUCUUUAUAAGGAAUCUUUUAAGACUCCCUUGCUUAAUUAGUGCCUUGUCAAAAGCUUCAGAUUUCCUUUAGAGUGAAUCGAUGCUUAAAAGCCAAGCAGCUCUGCAGGCCUUUGAUCCUUGUUCUCUCAACAAACUCUAGCUGUCUAGCAAUGAUUUCCAAUGGGACCAUUUUUUUGUUGUGAGUUCAGGUUCAUGACUCUCUUUUUGGACAACAGUAGCCGAGAUUUUUUGCACCCAGAGAAUCAUGAGUUGAUCCUCUGCUGGAGGAACUACAGAAGCUCAAGUCUGUUGGAGAGUGGAGCAUCCAGCAGGCUCUAUGAUU